GCCCCUUGGACCUCAGUUUCCCUAGCUUAGAUGCUCUUGACUCCUGGGCGCCUCCCAGCUCAGGGCUCCCUGGGACCUAGUGGGGGCACGGGGCACAGAACCUAACCAGCUUGUGAGCGAGUUCCUACGUCUACCUCCUGCCACCUCCGUUUCCUCCUCUGUAAAGUGGGGACAGCGCCAACAGCCUCCACAGUGGGUGCUGAGGGGCCUGACCUGAAACGCCACGCAUCACCGGAAUGCCAGGGCUUCCAGCAUUAGGAGGAGAGAAAAAAAACCCCGCGAUUAAGCCAUGACACCCCAUCGGUUUUCAUACUUUUUAGGCACUUCCUGACUCAGACGUACUAAGAUGUGCGCAGCGCGAGCGCCGCCCCCCCAGUGAAACCGAUGCUCAGAGAGGGGCCUGGCCCCUCGCCCGCUCCCUCCCUCCCUCGCUGGUUCGCUGGUUCCUUCCUUCCUUCUCGCCACCCGGCCCUUCCCCGACUCAGCCGGCCCAGUCGGAGGGUGACUCUGGGCCUCGGUCCCUCAGCCUCCCGGCCAGGGCGCGGACGACCCCUCCCCGCCCUCCAGACCCGGGCUGGGGUCUCCCGCCCCCACGCGCAGGAACUCUCCAGCCGGCCCCUCCCUGCCCGCCGCGGCCGGACUCUGCCCCCGCCCCGCCCCGCCCUCCCGCCGCUCCCCUGCCCUCCGCUGCCCUCCCCUGCACGCCCCGCCCCGCCCCGCCCCUGCUGGGCCCAGCUCGGCGCCCAUGUGACCCCGCUGCCAGGUCGGGGCGCGACGGGACGCGCUGGGACCGGCGUCGGGGGGCGCGGGCGCGGCCCGGGGCGGGGGCGGCAUGGAACGGAGGUGGGUCUUCGUGCUGCUCGACGUGCUGUGCGUGCUGGUCGCCUCUCUGCCUUUUGCCAUCCUGACGCUUGUGAACGCACCAUAUAAGCGAGGGUUCUACUGUGGAGAUGACUCCAUCCGGUACCCCUACCGUCCAGACACCAUCACCCACGGGCUCAUGGCUGGGGUCACCAUCACAGCCACCAUCAUCCUCUUGCCUCCCCAGCCCAGCCAUGAGUGCCCUCAGCGGCUCCCUGUGCAGGUCUCUGCCGGGGAGGCCUACCUGGUAUACACAGACCGCCUCUAUUCCCGCUCCGACUUCAACAACUAUGUGGCGGCCGUCUACAAGGUGUUGGGGACGUUCCUGUUUGGGGCUGCGGUGAGUCAGUCGCUCACCGACCUGGCCAAGUACAUGAUCGGCCGACUGCGGCCCAACUUCCUGGCGGUGUGUGACCCUGACUGGAGCCGCGUCAACUGCUCCGUGUACGUGCAGGUGGAGAAGGUGUGCAGGGGAAGCCCCGCCAACGUCACCGAGUCCAGACUGUCUUUCUAUUCUGGACACUCCUCCUUUGGGAUGUACUGCAUGAUGUUCUUGGCGCUCUACGUGCAGGCACGGCUUUGCUGGAAGUGGGCGCGGCUUCUGCGGCCCACAGUGCAGUUUUUCCUGCUGGCCUUUGCUCUCUACGUCGGCUACACCCGAGUGUCUGACCACAAGCACCACUGGAGUGAUGUCCUUGUUGGCCUCCUGCAGGGGGCACUGGUGGCCGGCCUCACGGUUCGCUACGUCUCGGAUUUCUUUAAGUCCCGGCCCCCACAGCGCUGCCUGGAGGAGGAGGAGCUGGGACGGAAGCCCAGCCUGUCACUGACGCUGACCCUGGGUGAAGCUGACCGCAACCACUAUGGGUACCCGGUCUCCUCCUCUUGAGGCGGGGUCCUUCUGUGCAUCUGCGUGUUCAUGGUCCUGGCAGGGACCUCCGCUAGCCUGGUGGUGAGGGCUCCGGGUGCCCUGUGCUGGCCGCUGGUGGGCGUUCCACUAACCCUGCCUGCUGUGCACUGGACCAGGGGUCUGGGGGUGCACAGGGCAGCCCCAGCGUUUAAAAGAGGGACUUUGUCCUCUUUUCUCCCUUUUGUUGGAUUAGAGGGGGACCAAGAGACCCAGCUAGAUGCUGUUUUUGUAAAGUGUAAUGUAUAUGUGGACUUUGAGUAAAAUAGAGUGUUUGCUCGACAACUGAUGAUAGCCUCUAUUCCUUAUGGCCAUUCUGAGCACUGUUCGUACAGCAGAGGGGGAGACACUUCCUUGCUUCGGGCUCAGCUGAGCUCAGGAGUCAAAGUGGCUGGUGGCAAUGUUGCCCUUUGGAGAUGCGGGGAGAGUGGUACACUCUUUCCCUGGCCUCACCCUGUGUAUCUCUUCAUCUGGCUGUCGAUUCAUAAUUAUCACACCCUUUAAUAAACUGGUAAACCUAA